GUACACACGUACACACACAAAUCUGAUCCAUAAUACUUUGCAUUGUAACAGCACCCACACUUUUUACAUCGAUUACACACUGAGAAAGACGAAGAACGACGAAAUUCAGUGUGCAUUCGUUCACCACAAGCGGAUAUACAGCAUAAUUCACGAGUUUUUUUACUCAUGUCCUCAUUUUGAUAUAAUACUUUAGUCUUCCGUGUUUAAAUUUAAUAUUUGGGAAAAGACGCGUGUGCAAGUAACUCAUAAGAAUAAUAAUGGGACGAUAUAGAAGUCGUAGUCGAGAUCGUGAUAGAAGACGGAGAUCACGAACUCGCUCGCGAAGCCGUUCUCCCAGGGACAGAAGAGGAUGGGCAAGCGGACCUACUCGUGAGAGAAGCGGCAUGGGAAGCGGCAGAGGUGGACGAAAUCAACCCGGAGCAAACUUACGAAAGCCUCGAUGGGACCUGAAUCGUCUAGAGCCUUUUAAAAAAGAUUUUUACAUUCCUAGCGACGUAGUGCACAACCGAGAUCCAAGAAUUAUUGAACAAUACAGAAGCGAUAAGGAAAUCACUUUGCGUGGCUCAAGCAUACCCAACCCUGUGUUUACAUUCGAUGAAGCUGGAUUUCCAGAUUACGUUAUCAAGGAAAUAAAGCGCCAGGGAUUCAAAGAGCCAACACCGAUCCAAGCUCAAGGAUGGCCGAUAGCUUUAAGUGGCCGCGAUAUGGUUGGGAUUGCAUCGACAGGUUCAGGAAAAACACUGUCAUACAUAUUGCCAGCGAUAGUUCAUAUAAACAGUCAGCCAAAGCUGUCUCGCAAGGAUGGUCCGGUGGCAUUGGUGUUAGCACCGACAAGAGAGCUCGCACAGCAGAUUCAACAGGUUGCUGACGAUUUUGGUCAUUCAUCAGGGAUAAGAAAUACUUGUUUGUACGGUGGAGCGCCAAAAGGUGCCCAAGCGCGUGAUUUGGACGGAGGUGUAGAAAUCGUCAUAGCGACGCCUGGCCGUUUGCUCGAUUUUUUGGAAUCUUGUCGAACGAAUCUGAAGCGUUGCACAUAUCUCGUUCUCGACGAAGCCGACAGAAUGUUGGACAUGGGCUUUGAGCCGCAGAUACGGAAAAUCAUUGAGCAGAUUAGGCCCGAUCGACAAACUCUUAUGUGGUCGGCAACGUGGCCAAAAGAAGUGAAAAAUCUGGCUGAAGAUUUUCUCAAGGAUUACACGCAAAUAAACGUCGGAUCCUUGCAGCUCUCGGCCAAUCACAAUAUCCUGCAGAUCAUCGACGUUUGUCAGGAUUAUGAAAAAGAGAACAAAUUGAGUACGCUCUUGAAAGAAAUAAUGGCCGAACAAGAGAACAAAACGAUCGUUUUUAUCGAGACGAAACGAAGAGUCGAGGAAAUCACAAGAAAAAUGAAGCGAGAUGGGUGGCCGGCGGUAUGCAUUCACGGCGAUAAAACACAACAGGAAAGAGAUUGGGUGUUGCAAGAUUUCAGAUCGGGCAAAGCGCCAAUUCUAGUAGCAACUGACGUAGCGGCCCGGGGACUUGACGUUGAGGAUGUCAAGUUUGUUAUCAACUUUGAUUACCCGUCUUGCUCCGAAGACUACGUUCAUCGCAUCGGCCGCACUGGCCGAAGACAGAAGACCGGGACAGCUUAUACAUUCUUCACACCGAAUAACUCCAAUAAAGCGAACGACUUGAUACAAGUAUUGAAGGAAGCCAAUCAAGUUAUCAACCCCAAAUUACUUGAACUUGCCGACAGCAGGAAUGGAGGCUUCGGGCGACACAGGGGUGGUGGAGGACGAAACAAAUGGCGUGGACGAGGAGGCGGCAUGAGAACCGGAAGAGACCGUAGUUAUUCGAGGAGCCGAAGUCGUAGCGGAAGUCGAAGCAUGAGUAGAGAACACAAUGGACGCAACAACAGGCGGAGUUACAGUCGUAGUUACUCCCGAAGUCGUAGUCCCAUUAAUAAUCGCACAGAAGUGAUCGGCAAGAGUUAUUGGAGCAGCGAGAGAUGAUCUUGUUUGGAUUGACGAAAUGAAUUAAGAAUGAACAUGCUAAAAUGACUUAGAAAAACGAAGUGUGGGAAGUGAGAAAAGAUAUGGAACGAUUGAAAAUAAAGAGAUUCGAUUGACGAGGAAACUCUCGAAAAAUCGACGAAGACGAAACGUGAUUAAUGUCGAGGAAAUUUAGUCUACAUCACAAGUUUCCGUUCCUUCCUUUCCAAAUGUAACGUUUAUAUUUUAUUGAAAUCUCGUUAGUCGAGAAAAUGAUAAAUUUCUUUUUUUAUCUUUUAAAAAUGAAACAAAACGACAAUUUUGUUCAACUUGGUUAUUCAUUCCUCUGUAUUUACGUAUAAACAUAUAUAUAUAUAUGCAAAUAUAUAUAGUAUAAAUAUGAGAGAAACGAGUUCAUUCAAUGUACAGUAUUUAAUGCAAUUGUAAUAACGAAUAAAAUUUGUUUAAAUUCAAA